GACGUAAUAACGUCGCUAUCUUUAAAUUGAGGAACGAUGCUGGCAAUUUUGCCCAAUAGCUCUAAAUAGCUGCAGUAGAAAUAAAGAAGAAGAACCGUAAAAUACCUACUAUUUUUAUUUAAAUUUAUAACUUGCUGUUUUUGUAAUAAACAUCGAGUAACUAGUAAGAGAGUUACAUAAUAUGUUUAUUAAUGGAUUUUGAAAAUCAAAGACUGGCUCUACUCUAUGGUUCACAAACAGGCAAUGCUCAGGACUUAACGGAACGUCUAUAUCGAGAAUCGAAACGAUUUUAUUUCGGAAGUGUUGUGAAGUCGCUAGACCAAUACAACGUAAUAGAUCUAGUCAAGGAACAGUGCGCGAUAUUUAUUUGUUCAACUACGGGUCAAGGAGAAGAGCCAGAUAACAUGAAACAUUUUUGGAAGUUUUUGUUAAGAAAAAGUUUACCAUCCAACUCUUUAUGCUCCCUAAAAUUUGCAGUGCUAGGUUUAGGAGAUUCAAGUUACCCAAAAUUUAAUUUCGUAGCAAAAAGACUGCAUAAGAGAUUACUCCAAUUAGGAGGUCAGAGCAUAAUUCCUUUAGGAUUGGGGGAUGACCAACAUGAUUUGGGAUAUGAUGCUGUGGCUGACUUGUGGUUUCAACAAUUAUUUUCACAAUUGUUACAAUUGUAUCCUUUACCCAAUGGAGUUUCGCCUCUGCCAAAAAACCUAAACAUCAAAUCAAGAUGGAAUGUUUUUAUUAGAGAUAGCAAAAAUUUUGAUGAUCAUCGGAAUAUCUUGUGUAAGACACAAUCUAUUUAUUAUUCAACUAGUCAAAGUGGAGACUUUACUUCCAAGGUGAUAGCAAAUGAACGUAUAACAGAUGUCGCCCAUUUUCAAGAUAUUAGAUUAUUAAAACUACAAAGUAAAGGCAAAAAAUAUUGCCCUGGAGAUGUCCUAGUACUCAGACCUAGAAAUUUGUCUUGGAAAAUUAAAGAGUUUAAAGAAAUUCUCUCCACAAAUAAUAUUCAUAUUUCUGAUGAUACUGUAUUUCAAAUAAUAGAAAAAAGUACAGAUAUACCAGUACCAGAAAUUUUCAAAUCAGAAGUGACUUUUCAACAACUUUGUGAAGAAUAUUUUGAUUUAUUUUCAAUACCACGAAGAUCAGUUUUCAAAAUUUUAGCUCAGCUUACUGACAGUGAAUUAGAAAAAGAAAAAUGUUUGGAAUUUUGUGCCGCAGAAGGGCAACAAGAGAUGUAUUCAUAUGUCCAUCGGCCAAGAAGAAAUAUAGUUGAAAUUUUGCAAGAUUUUCCACAUGCUACAAAAAAUUUAACUCCUGAUAUGUUAUUUGAGAUAUUGCCUCCAAUUAAAGCAAGGGAGUUUUCUAUAGCCAGCAGCUUUGCAAUCCAUAAAAAUGAAAUACAUCUGCUGGUAGCUGUGGUAAAAUACAAAACCAAACUUAUGAAAGAACGUCUUGGAUUGUGUUCGAACUAUUUGGCAGAUUUAAAGCCUGGUGAUGAUGUUACUAUCUGGAUUAAAAAGGGAUGCUUCAAGUUUCCUCAGCAUUUGGAUUCUCCAGUUAUUAUGGUGGGUCCAGGUACCGGUGUCGCGCCAUUUAGAAACUUCAUAUUCGAUGUUUUAGACCAAAUAACUAAUCCUUGUCAUUUAAUGUUAUUUUAUGGAUGUAGAUAUAAAGAUAAAGAUUUUUUAUGCAGGGAAGAAUUUGAACGUUUAAGUAUCCAGAACCAAUUAACUUUGAUAUGUGCAUUUUCCAGAGACCAAGAAGAGAAAGUUUAUGUGCAGCAUAAAAUUGAACAGAAUGGGGUAAUGGUGUGGGAAGCAUUGCAAAAAAACGCCCGUAUAUAUAUUGCAGGCAAUUCAAAAAAUAUGCCUCAAGGAGUUAGAGAAUCAUUUGUGAAAGUAUGUCAGAAACAUGGCGCAAUGUCUGAAAAUGAAGCCCUUCAGUUUAUCAACAACAUGGAAAAAAAGGGCCUAUAUCAAACAGAAUGUUGGUCUUAAUUAUUUAUUAGACAACAAAUGAAAUUAGAUGGAUGUUUUUUAAAAUAGUAAAAUAAUAUAGACAUAUUUUGUUACUGACUUUCUUUGUCCAUAAAAAAAACUAAAUAGAAAAUAGUUAAUCAACUAAAAACCUAAAACCAUGUGGUAUAGACUGUUGG